AUGAACCUUUUCAACUUUUUAUACCAAGAUUACCCUCCCCCAAACCCUCCAGAAGCCGAAGGUUCUUCAUCCUCAAGGCCUCCAUCAACUAGCGCCAACGCAGAGGUCGCUGAAGCACCUGCCACUCAACAUCCCCCCCCUACCUACCAAGAGGUCACAGCACCCAAAGCAUGGAAGGUGGAAUUGUGGUUUGGAUCUGACCCCGACUUAUUGAGGCAGGAACCUCCGGUAGUGCAACUCGACAUAGGUUGGGAAGCCUACCUCGAACUUUCCACAACAGAUAUUGUUGGCUUGAUGAGAGAAGGACUUUACGUGUCUCGGGACAAUGUCAUUGUGCAGGAGAGUUGCUUGACAAUACGUCCCGACCCGCAGGAGUACCAGGAGCACUGCUACGACCGACAUUUUGCUCUGUCCGGUCCAGGCUGGGAAGGGACUUUGGUGGUCACGACACUUAGACUCCAUAUUGUAUCAAACUUCCGUGUCGAGCAUCUCUCAGCGGAUAAAGUAUUUCGCUGUGAGGCCCGGGAUUCGUCCAAGGAGGGAAGUCGGGCAUAUCACUUCAUUAUAGAUGGCGAGGAAGAAAACGCGAAUUACAUUUUGGACGACGCUCCUUUGGAAGGCCUAUGGCCGUGGCCUCGUAAAGACCACCUCACUCAAGGAAUGGAAGAGGAAUGGGGACAAGAGGGAACCGAGGAAGGCGAGAUGCUUGAACUGCUAGAAUAG